UCCAUGGAGCCGUCAGCAGCCGCAGUGAGUCCGGCUGUCGCCUGAAUGAGGAGCUUGCAGUGACUACGCCAGCGGCCUGGGGGUGGGGGUGGGAGCAGAGCAGUCUGUUUUACCUUCGCUGGUAACGGGAUCCUUAUCCACAGCAGCAGCAGCAGGGAUUGGCUGCCCGCGAGGGGACGUCUGAUAAUAUAAAUAUGAUGAGAUUUCAAGAUGCGAUCAGAAUGACACAAAGGAUGACCCGAACUCUGUGCGCCCUCUGUAUUUUCCUGUUGCUGUGGGGUUUUCUGUUGGGUACCACUGAGGGAGCUGGGAAGAAGAGGAAUCGUAGCUCCCAAGGGGUCAUCCCCUCCCCAGACAAAGGGCAGCCAAACAACUCGGAGCAGGCCGGGAACCGGAGUAAUGUGGACGAGGUCUUGGAGUCAAGUCAUGAGGCGCUGCACGUCACUGAAAGGAAGUACCUAAAACGGGACUGGUGCAAAACACAGCCCCUCAAGCAAACAAUCCAUGAAGAAGGCUGCAACAGCCGCACCAUCAUAAAUAGGUUCUGCUACGGCCAGUGUAAUUCUUUUUACAUACCAAGGCACGUCCGCAAGGAGGAGGGCUCCUUCCAGUCCUGCUCUUUCUGCAAGCCUAAAAGAUUCACCACCAUGACAGUCACCCUCAACUGUCCUGACCUGCAGCCAUCAAUUAAGAAGAAAAGAAUUCAGAGAGUUAAACAGUGUCGCUGCAUUUCGAUCGACCUCAACUAAUGCAACAAUACCACUACUAACGAGUGAGAAGAAGCAGGAAAACCAACCAGCCCAGGCAAGAAUCACAUUCCCACGCACACUUCUGCUCUCUGCUUCUUGGAAGAACCAUUGUAUUCUUUGACUGUUUUGACUGGCAGGAGCUAGCUGCAUUUUAAGUAUGACCUGUAACCGACCACUGAAUGUGUACAGCAGCUCGAGACUCAAAAAUGAAACAAAACAGCAUAAUUGGCAAACCACUCUGCACCACUAGAUAUUCAAUGCAAUCUGCUAUAAAAUGUUACUAAUCAACAGGCAGCUUUAAUGUGGAGGCUGCAAAAGAUCAUAUGCAUAUAAUCCACACUGAACAGUUUCACCUCUACGGUAAUUAAUGGUGGGGUUGGUCACACACCAUUUAUACAACCUGCCUGAUGUUCAUUCUGUUUGAAUCAAUGCAAUGAAUAUCAGAUAGGAUCUAUAAACAGUAUGUGAUCCAAUCUUGCUGUAUAUUACUCCACAGUUGGUGAGGACAGAAACCUGCCCCUAUGUCUCAUUCAAUAUCAGUUAUUCUUAAAUGUCUAUAUUCUCCAUUUAGGUGUUUUAAUUUUGAUUUUUUUGAGAUACUUGAAAUAUGUCCUUACACGGAACAAAUAAAGAGCAAUAUGUGGUAACUACUACCACAGUUAUAAAA